AUGGCAGCUUUGCGCGCGCCGCCUUUCGAACUCGAUGCAGAGCCGCUGGUCACGGGGUCGAUUGACAUCUCCAACGACCGCCUCGUUCAAGGCUUUUCGUGGCUGGUAGCCGCAGUCCAGGAGCAGAAUCGUGUGCUGGGUGCCCUGAGUACGCAGAUCGACAGCUUGAAGGCUGCUCAGUCUGGUGCUGCCUCCGAGUUGCACCAAGACGGAGGGCGGGCAUCCAUGAAGGAAGAAAUGCUUCUGAUGCAAAUCAAUGCCAUCAAGCAUGAGGUUGGCUCUCUUCCGCGCUCCAGCGACCUGGAGCGACAGCGAGAACGCACCAUGGCGGAGGUACAAAGUAUCUCAAGCAGUCUGAGCGACCGCCAUCGCGAGUCUGCUGAGCGUUUGCAGAAGGAGCUGGCAGACGUGACAGAAUCCUUGUGCAACCAGCUCAAGCGAAUUGGCGAUGACGUGUUCUCAAGGCCUGCAUGA